AUGUUCGAGAACUUCUCCUUCGACGCCCCCAGCGUCUCAUCCAUGCGAAGACCGGCCCUCAUGUCGCCCCCGAUCGCACCAGACUCCUCAGAUCUCGACCAACCCCCAACCUUCUUCUUCAACCCCUCCUACUCCCUCUCCACACCUCCUCUCUCACCUCUCGACCCCGAAGAGGACCCCUUCAAACGCACACUAUCAACCUCCCUCUCCACCCUCUCCCUUGCCGACCCCACAACCACACCAGUAACAACACCCACAAGCCCGCUCCCACCAUCACCCCCACAGCAGCCACAGCCACAGCACCAGCCCGCCUACCUGGUCCCCCGCACCUGCGUCCGCUUCCAACGCCAGAUCCUCGCCCGCCUACAGACCACCGAUUCACAACUGCGGUGUUUGUCGUCGCUUGUCGAGGAGAUGAUCUCGUCACGCGACAACUGCAGUGUAUCUGCGGCGCCACCACUACAUCAUGGUGCGUGCGGCUCGCCGACGGCCUCGCGGAGGAGACGUAACUCGCUGCCCUCGGUCGUGUCAAGAGGCAGUGGCAUCAAGAAGCCGGUUGCGGUCAAGAGGGGGUCGGCGGCGAAGGCGAAGGGAGUGAAGGGACUGGGAAUUGGAGCUGCGGCAGCUGGAAAGAAGAGGGCGAGGAGGGGCGCCGUCGUGAGCGUCAAUUGGAGACGGUGUAGCGGGAGCAGCAGCAGCAGCGGGCAUGUGUCGGAUUAG